CGGGUGAGUGCCGGCCUGGCUGAGUCGACCCUACGGGCGGGCAGCGGGACAAGGUCCCAGACAGAAGCUUGCGAUGCGCGUGGCUCAGCCCUGCGCAGGGAACUGGGCGGGUGCAGGUGUCCCGGCCCAGGCGGACCGAUCUGUGGAGGGACUCUCUGGUAUGAGUGUCCCUGUCUGGUUGGCGAGUGGACGGUGCCUCAGACCCGGUGGGCAACCAGCUGAAGGUGUUCUCUUGGGAAACUCUUGGCCCCACGGGCUCUCUUGCCUGGGGUGCCGGUCCUGCCAUGGCGUUCCGGAGGACUGAGGGCAUGUCCAUGAUCCAGGCUCUGGCCAUGACGGUGGCGGAGAUCCCUGUAUUCCUGUACACAACCUUUGGGCAGUCUGCAUUCUCACAGCUGCGGCUGACCCCAGGCCUGCGCAAGGUUCUCUUUGCCACAGCCCUCGGGACUGUGGCCUUGGCCCUAGCUGCCCACCAGCUGAAGAGGCGCCGGCGGAGGAAGAAGCAGGUUGGCCCUGAAGUUGGAGGUGAACAGCUGGGCACAGUGCCCCUGCCCAUCCUUAUGGCCCGGAAGGUCCCAUCAGUGAAGAAAGGUUACUCCAGCCGGAGGGGACAGAGCCCCAGUAGCAAGAGCAAUGACACUCUCAGUGGCAUUUCCUCCAUUGAGCCCAGCAAACACUCAGGCUCCUCCCACAGCCUGGCCUCGAUGGUGGUGGUGAACUCAUCCAGUCCCACUGCUGCGUGCUCGGGACCGUGGGACAUCCGAGGAAUGGAGGAAUCUGUGCCCGUCACCGACGGCAGUGCUGAGCGUCUCUACGCACAAGGCAUGGAGCUCUUCGAGGAGGCACUGCAGAAGUGGGAGCAGGCCCUGAGCGUGGGCCAGAGGGGGGAAGACGGCAGCACCCCCACGCCAGGGGACAGCCUCCGGAGCCCUGAGACUGCCUCUGAGGCACUGUCAGAGCCAGAGUCACAGCGCAGGGAAUUUGCGGAGAAGCUGGAGUCCUUGCUGCACCGGGCCUACCACCUGCAGGAGGAGUUUGGCUCCACCUUCCCCUCGGAUAGCAUGCUGCUGGACCUUGAGAGGACCCUCAUGCUGCCCCUCACCGAGGGCUCGCUGCGUCUGCGGGCUGACGACGAGGAGAGCCUGACUUCGGAGGACUCCUUCUUCUCAGCCACUGAGCUCUUGGAGUCCCUGCAGGUGGGGGACUACCCGAUCCCACUAUCCAGGCCUGCUGCUGCCUACGAGGAGGCCCUGCAACUGGUGAAAGAUGGGAAGGUGCCCUGUCGCAGCCUCAGGACGGAGCUGCUGGGCUGCUACAGUGACCAGGACUUCCUGGCCAAGCUGCAUUGUGUGCGGCAGGCCUUUGAGGGGCUCCUGGAAGACCAGAGUAACCAGCUGUUCUUCGGAGAGGUCGGCCGGCAGAUGGUGACAGGCCUGAUGACCAAGGCUGAGAAGAGCCCCAAAGGCUUCCUGGAGAGCUAUGAGGAGAUGCUGAGCUAUGCUCUGCGGCCUGAGACCUGGGCCACCACUCGGCUGGAGCUGGAGGGCCGUGGGGUGGUUUGCAUGAGCUUCUUCGACAUCGUGCUUGACUUCAUCCUCAUGGAUGCCUUCGAGGAUCUGGAGAAUCCCCCAUCCUCAGUGCUUGCUGUCUUGCGAAACCGUUGGCUGUCAGACAGCUUCAAGGAGACGGUGGGCCACUGUCCCACCCCAAACCUCACAUCACAAGAUCCUGGAACUCACCUGACCCCUUCUCAUGCCAUCACUGCUUCGGGCACCAGGGCUGGGCACCUGCCCAUCAGUUUCUGGGCCUGCGGUUUCUUCCUGGGCACCCUAGAACUGCCUUUCACUGGGUCCAGCACCAGGAGCGAGCCCGGCCUUUCUGCAGCGUGGAUCCCCAGCUCUGCUCACUCGGCCCUGGCCACUGCUUGCUGGUCGGUCCUGAAAGCCAAGAGGAGGCUCCUGAUGGUGCCCGAUGGCUUCAUCUCCCAUUUCUACUCCGUAUCGGAGCACGUUAGUCCCGUCCUGGCCUUUGGCUUCCUUGGACCCAAGCCCCAGCUCGCUGAAGUCUGUGCUUUCUUCAAGCACCAGAUUGUGCAGUACCUGAGGGACAUGUUUGACCUGGACAAUGUGCGCUACACAUCGGUGCCAGCGCUGGCGGAUGACAUCCUGCAACUGUCCCGGCGCCGCAGCGAGAUCCUUCUGGGAUACCUGGGGACACCAAUGACCAGCAGCAUUGGCCUGAAUGGGGCACUGCCCCGAGAGAACCGGCCCCUGGCAGAGCCGCAGUAGUGGCAGGCAUAGGCUGGAGGGGAGGUGGCUGGCUGGCCUCGCUCAUGCAGAUGGGAGAGAAGGUGACCCUCCCUCCUUUUGGGUUGGCACUCAAGGGCCAGGGUGGCCAGGGCAGUUGCCUCUGAGCUUGCCCCACCCCCCUCAUCUGGGAAUCCCCAAAGCUCAGAGAGCAAGUUUCCCUGGACAGGGCUGGAGGCAUGGAGAGGCCCACCUGACUGCCCUCAGCUGUCUCUGAGGAAGGGUCCCUGGGAGAGGGUGGCAUCGUGGAGACCUGGGACAGGAAAAGCCAAAGUCCUAUGAGUGUGGGGCCCCAGAAGCUCUGACUACGCUAGGGCUGUCCACAGGUGGGCUCUGAGGGGGGAGGUAGAGGUGGGAGCGGCACGGCCUCGUGGUGAGCAUCACGGAGUCCUGAGCUACAGCACCCUGCACCUGUGUGGCCGGUCUCAGGACCCAGGUGUCCUCUGGUCAGUCCAGAAGGCCCCACCCUGCCUGCCUCCUGCAAGAGUUUGCAAGUGUGCACAGGGGUGGGGGACAGCACCUAGUGGCAAAGGUCUGGGUCAUCCAGAGGUUGACAGAAGGCUGGGCUGCAGCUCAGGGGUAUGGUGUUUGCAAGGCCCUGGGUUCCAUCCCCAGCGCUGCCAAAAAAAAAAAAAAAAAUUGUUUUUUCCAGGACAGAGGUGGGCCUGCUCCCCCUGGCAGGGACUGGCCCUGACAAACCUGAGCACCAACCCAGGAUACUGUCCCCCCAUGUGCCCCUACCCUGCCAAAGACUGUCAUUUCUCCUUCCACCUCUGCCACCACCAAAGAUGGAGCAGGUGGUGCUGGGUGCUCCGGGCUCCUCCCACCUCCCCUGGGAAGCCAGGAAUUCCCUGAGUGGUGCUAGGCUGGAGUUGGGGGUGCUGACCAGGGGUACUUGGGACCAUCACCUGUGCUGCCAUCAAUAGCCCCAGGAGUGAGGGGCCGGGGACCAUGGUGGGGGAUGUCAGAAGAUGAACACGGCUGGACCAGAUCCCCCACCCUCAUGGGGACAAGAAACUACCUGGCAUUGUACCUUCAACACGACGCACAGACGCUCCAGGAGCUGACUAAGGAAGUGGAGCCCGCCUCAGGGCAGGCACCACCCGCUGCUCCUGUGGGGAUCCUGCUAGCAUCUGUCCCAGCAGCUGCCAGGGCUCUGCCAGCCCUUCAGACUUGCGGCUCUGCCAGUGUUUUGCCUGAGCUGGAAAAUUUUAUUUAUUGCCUUAACAGUUUAUUUGGAGUUUCUGCCCCUUCCAGGUUCUGAGACCUUUAGAGAAACAGACUCCUGGCUUCCCAGGCUGGAGCCAGAGCACUGGCCCUGGGACCAGGUCCCUAUCCCUGGAAUGGGAAGAGCUGCUGGGUGGGGAGGGCACACCCAGAAGGGGGGACGGGUGAAGGGUGAUGCUGGGCAUGCCUGUCCUCUCUGAACCUGGUCCCCAGACUGGAGGACCCAUGGGCACUAGUGUGGCUCUGGCCUGACCCCCUCCUGGCCCUCCAUCCUCACAUUCCCUCUUUUGCACUUACCCUGCGCUGUGAAUGUACGCCUGGGCGCUCGCUGCCCCGGUCACUGGAAGUGGCGUUCUCACCUGAUCUUUGUUUACACGCCGUGCACUUGGCCUGCUUCCAGCUUCUGUAUGGUGCAGCGUGUGGUGGAGCCUGUGCGUUGACCGCGAGUCCAAUAAAUGACGGACACCA